AGCUUAAGUUAUCGAAGACGACGGAGGAGAGAACUAGUUCUUUGUUCUAUCGGAGAAGAAGAGGAAGAAGAAGAUGUCGAAGAGAACCCAACAAACGGCGAGAGAGACAAAGCAAGAAGCUAAAGAUGGAAACAAAGCCAAGAACGGUUUAUUCGCCUCUUGUUCCUUCUCUUCCCUUGGACUAGAUCCCAAACUCUCUGACCAGCUCCAAGAAAGGAUGGGUUUUGAAGCUCCAACGCAUGUACAAGCUCAAUCUAUUCCUUUUAUCCUCUCCGGUCGAGAUGUACUUGUUAAUGCUGCAACCGGAACUGGGAAAACUAUAGCCUACUUGGCACCAAUCAUACAUCACUUGAACGCUUCUUCUCCCAAGGUUGAUCGUUCUCAUGGCACUUUUGCUUUGGUGAUUGUGCCAACACGGGAGCUUUGUCUUCAAGUGUACGAGACUUUGGAGAAGCUCCUGCAUCGGUUCCAUUGGAUUGUCCCUGGUUAUGUCAUGGGUGGCGAGAAGAAGGCUAAAGAAAAAGCUAGGUUAAGGAAAGGGAUAUCUAUUCUGAUUGCAACCCCAGGACGGCUUCUUGACCAUUUGAAGAACACAGCUUCAUUCGUGCACAAGAAUCUUCGCUGGGUCAUCUUUGAUGAAGCUGACUGCAUUCUCGAAAUGGGUUACGGGAAGGAGACGGAGCAGAUCAUUAAGCUUCUAGGUUCGAGACAACACGAGGAAGGGGAUGAGGAAGACGAAGACGAUGAUAUUGUUGUUACAAAGGGUGCUGCUCAGAAGCAGACCUUGCUUUUGUCAGCAACGCUGAACGAGAAAGUUAACCGCCUUGCAAAACUUAGUCUGGAUGAUCCGGUUAUGAUUGGUCUUGACAACAGCAAAUUGCUGCAACAGAAGCUACCACCAAUAGAGUCUCCCGCCUCUCCUGAUUCCGAUGAAGAUGAUGAAAUGGUGAUUCACGUGAACAAAUCAGCUAAUCCUUCGUCUGAGGACUAUGGAAUACCAUCGCAGCUUGUGCAGAAAUAUGUUAAAGUCCCAUGUGGUGCACGUCUUGUGGCACUUCUCUCUGUUCUCAAGAACCUCUUUGAGAGAGAAGCUUCUCAAAAGGUGGUCGUGUUCUUUUCGACACGUGACGCUGUAGAUUUUCAUCACUCACUUCUAAGUGAAUUCCAGUGGCCACCAAAGUCAGAGACGCAACAAGAAGAGGAGGAGGCGACGACGACGAAGCAGCUGUUUCUGAAGUGCAAAACGUUCCGGUUACAUGGAAGUAUGGAGCAGGAGGAUAGAAGAUCUGCGUUUGCCAACUUCAAAGCAGAGAGACAAGCCCUUCUCUUGAGUACAGAUGUUGCUGCCAGAGGAUUGGACUUCCCAAAAGUAAGAUGUAUUGUUCAAUACGACUGUCCCGGGGAAGCUACCGAGUAUGUGCAUAGAGUGGGUAGAACAGCUCGUAUUGGUGAAAAGGGAGAAGCGUUGUUGUUUCUACAACCUGUUGAGAUAGACUAUCUUAAGGACCUUAAGAAACAUGGUGCAACACUUGCAGAGUAUCCUCUUCUAAAAGUACUUGAUAAAUUUCCUCUGCUCGGCAACAUGCCUCGCGUCAAGAAGGUUAUAUCUCUUGAAUCACAUCCCUGGGUCAUAUCUCUGCAGAGAGGUCUUGAGUUCUUUACUUACGCUGAUCCGAAGAUGAAGAACCUGGCGAAGAACGCGUUUGUCUCUUGGGUCAGGGGAUAUGCAGCUCACAAGGGAGAGCUCAAGAGCAUCUUUGUGGUGAAGAAGCUUCACUUGGGUCAUGUCGCCAAGAGCUUUGCUCUUAAAGAGCAGCCUUCUUUGGUUGGGAAAUCACACCAUAAGGAAACUAUGAAGAGGAAGAGAGACGAACGCCACAAGGGGCAGCACCCAAAGAAGAGAAAGAAGAUGAGUGGCAAUAGAAGUACAACAAAAACUUGAUCAAAAGUCCCUUUUGCCUACCAUAAACCAUGACAUGAGUUUUGUAACGAGAGAACAGUUUUGUUCAUUGAAAAUUUUGAAGUAUUUUAAAAAGUUUGGAAACU